CGGAAAUCACGCCAAAACACCAUGGAAUCAGGCGAAAACAUUCAGUGCGUGAUCAACCGUGGGCAGGGGCGGACGUCUCGUCCUCUUAAACAAACAUUUACGAUAAAUUGUUUAGCAUGAGAUGAUUGUUUGGUGAUAGUGAUGAGUGUGCAAAAUGUGAUACGGAUUAUACUGGUGAUGUGUGUUGUUGGAAAAGUUAGAAAUGGAGGUCCGGAACAGACGACGGAAAAAGAGACAAGACCUGAGUACAUACAUCCAGACGGUUUACUUAACUUCGACCCUUAUUUAUCAGACUUUAAACCGGUUGAGGAAGAAGACGAUUACAUUCCACUACCAGAGAACGACGAGACCAUAGACGGUCUGCCGAUAUUUCUCGUAGAACCAAAGAAUUCCUUCGUUCUUCGCAGCAAACCAGCCACUUUGCUGUGCAGGGCUGCCAAUGCUCUGCAGGUUUACUUCAAAUGUAAUGACGUGAGGACGGACAAAACGGUUCAGCUCGAACACGUAGACCCUCAGAACGGAGUGAGAGUGGUGGAAGCCGAACUGAAUAUCACAAGGAAUGAAUUGGAUGAAUAUUUCGGAGGGAAAUACAGUUGUGAGUGUUACGCGUGGAACAGCAAGGGCAGGAUUCGGAGUCAAGGUGUCUUCAUUGAGUUUGCUUAUAUCAAGAAGCAGUUCUCUCAGCAACCUCAGUCAGUGACGGCGGAGGCUGGACGGCAGGUCACUUUCCAUUGCAGCCCUCCCCCGUCAGCACCUCCGGCAACCAUCAAAUGGAUCCGCAAUGGACUCACAAUUGAACCAACCGACGAAACUCUGGUCUUGCCCAGAGUUGGAAUACAGGAUAUGGCAAAUUACACCUGCAUAGCGGAAAAUAUCGCCGGUCGUCGGGAGUCCGAUGUUGCAGUGCUAUCAGUAUACGUCAAUGGCGGUUGGUCUGACUGGAGUCCCUGGAUUCCUUGUCGGUGUGGAUCCCAGACCAGUGGAAGACGGAGGACGAGAACCUGCACGGAACCAGCGCCAGCAAAUGGUGGAGCACCCUGUAGAGGGCAGUCCGCUCAGAGUGACGAUGACUGUCUCAGAUGCCAAAGCGGUUCAUGGUCCGCUUGGAACUCCUGGUCGUCUUGUAGUGAGGAAUGCGUCAGGGUGCGCCGGAGACAAUGUAUCGGUACUUGUUCAGGAUCCACUUUACAACACGCCGCCUGCGUUGACGGUUUAUGCUCAGCUGGUCUCAGGUUAUACAAGAACAACAUGAGCCUUUACGUGGGUAUCGGCAUUACGGUAGCGAUGCUGGCCGCGGGUGCUGCUAUACUGUACGUGUGGUGCCGCUAUCGGACUGUCAGACCGGGAUACAGUGCCGCAAGGACCGGUAUCCCGAAGGUGUACUCCCGCGACAAGGCCGCAGCUCCCGACCUCACUCGGACCUGCAAUGAGUACUGGAUGAGACCAGACAAUCAUUACGACAUGCCGCAGAUGAGAGACAGCUACGCGUCUCCGUUCGGUAACCGCAGUCACCAGCAGUCGUCUGCGGGUAGCAACCACUACGAGAUGAAGCCCUACAGUCCCUCAGCCGAGUCCGCCUCCAGCUGUUACACUAAUUCCCGCACGAUGACGUCACGUUCGAGCGAGUGUUCAUCUCAGUUGGCUGAGCUGGUGACGUCAUCGCCCACUUCCCACUCCAAGGUAGACGUGGCUGUCACCCUACCCCCAGGACCCGCGGAGAGCUAUAGAGAUAAAAUAUGUUUAACUAUAGUUAAAUAAACAUUUAGUUUAGUACAACUAAAACUACUAAAGAUAUUUUUUUGGUUCCGUCUUAUCAUUUUGUCGAUAUAAUUAAUUUGGUAUUCACCUACGUGCUUCUGAAUAUGAUGAUAUCUUUUAUUAAAUUUAUUCGUUUCGUGUCUUGUUUGUACUCGUUGUGUGUAUGUUUUAAUUUAUUUUAGUUUAAUGUAAAACUCGAUGUAUUUUCUAACAAAAAAAAAUUACUUCUAAGUUUCUGUAGUGAUGUUGUAUGUAUUGUUUUAAAUUAAUAGGAUUUAUGAUAGUUAGAGUCAAUAUUAUGAAGCUUUUUAAUGUCGAAUACAAAAGUAUAUAUGAUAAGAAAUGUUCUACAAUAAUACGGUCAUAUAACUUGUUUUGCUGAAGACUGAAUGUAAUUCAACGAGCUCGGGGCUGAUUUUUAAACGCAUUUUGUAACUGCCGAUGUAAUUUAUUUGUAGCGUUGUAUACAAAUGUAAAUAUUGUAUUUAAACUGUGAUAUUUUAUAAUUAAAAGGUUUUAAAGAUGUAA